CCUCCUCCCUGAGUGACUCAGCCGCUGAGGGAGAAGUCUCUGACCUGUUCAUUAACAGUCAGGAAGAGGCUGAGACCACACUGAGCAACUCCAGGUAUCAUUCUUUUGGGUCCCAUUUACCUGGGCACCCACUCGCAGGCUGGUUCGUCAGAGUCCUGGUUUUCUGCCCAACAGAGAUCCUUGCUGGGAGACAGAAUGUCCAAUUUUCCCUUGAGGAAAUCAUCUCCCACAAAAAAUGAUAUGAAAAGCACAUCUCAGGGGACCACACUGAGGCAACAGGGAUUUCAUGAGGUGAACAAAAGAAGGACUUUCUUACAAGACAGCAGCUGGAUAAAGAAACGUCCUGAAGAAGAAAAAGAUGAAAAUUAUGGUAGGGUGGUGCUCAACCGACACAACUCUCAUGAUGCCUUGGACAGGAAGAUAAAUGAGAGAGAUGAGCCAAAAGCCACACUGAGUCGGUACAGAUCUGAUGACACUUUGGACAGGAUCUCAGACAGAAAUGGUGCAGCCAAAACCUAUAAGACCAAUAGCUUGGAUAACCAACUAACCAAUAGGAGCAUUUCCACGUUUAAACCACCAGAAGCAACCAAGUCGCAGCCCAGCAGUCUGUUGAGUGCAAACAUCGCCACUACCACAUCCUCACCCUCUGCUAUCACCCCUGUAAAGAAAAAGAGACAGUCCUGGUUUCCGCCUCCUCCUCCUGGUUAUAAUGCCACCCCCAGCACAGGAGCCAGCAGAAGGGAACCAGCUACUCACCCUCCAAUACCACCAAAGCCAAGCACUUCUGUUUCUUCUCCUAACCGACAGAGACGGGAUAAUAGGCAGAUAUGUCCACCUAAACUAGCCACCUCUGCAGAAACCAAUAGAUCUGCUGAAAGAAAUAUAAGGCGUCAGGAUCUUGAUAACAUUGUCAAAAUGGCCACUUCCCUUCAGAAAACCGACAAAGGUGAAGAAUUGGAUAAUCUCAUCAAAAUGAACAAAAGCUUGAAUAGAAAUCAAGGUCUCGAUGGUCUCUUCAGAGCAAAUCCAAAGGUGGAGCAAACGGAGAAAAGAGCCAAAAGCCUUGAAAGUCUCAUCUUUAUGACUGCUCCGAUUGACAAAGAUGGCAAAGGAAAUCAGACUCUUGACAAUUUCAUUAAAGAAAAUCCCAGAACACUCAGCAGUGACAAAGGCCGAGAUCCUGAAUCCAUUGUCAAAGUGAAUGUUGGGACCAAUAAGAUCAGCAGAGGCAGUAAAGACCUUGAUAAUGUUAUCAAAGUGAAUCGCAAAGAAAAUGAAAGUACCACUAGGAAACAAGACCCUGAUGGACUUAUUAAAGUGAAUCCUGAAACAAAUAAAAAUAUCAAGAGGGGCCAGAGCCUUGACAAUCUCAUCAAAGUGACCUCUGAAGUAAACAGAAGUAACCAAGGGUCUGAAAAUCUUAACAACCUCAUCAAAGUGAAUCCAGGAACAGGAAAAAGUGUACAAUGGGAUCAAAGUCUUGACAGUCUCAUCAAAGUGGCUCCUGAAACAAACAAAAUGAAAGAACAAGGAAAUGAAGACCUGGAGAAUCUUAACAGAGUGAUCCCCUCACCAAACAAAAGCAGUGAAAACACUCUUGAUGAACCCAGUAAUGUAAGCCUCAAAGCUGCCAAAAAUACUUCUGGAAACCAUGAUCUUGAUAAACUCAUCAAGGUGAAUCCUGAAAUUCUUGCAACCAACCAAAGAAACCAAGAUCUGGAUAACCUCAUCAAAGUGAAUCCUGCAGUAAUCAGAAGCAAUCAGAGCUCAGAGUUGGACCAUCUCAUUAAAGUGAAACCUUCAGCUCUCAGAAACACUAGUCGAGAUCAAGACCUGGCAAAUGUAAUUGAGGUAAAUUCUCAUGUGUCUGAAAAUAAGAAUGGAAGACUGGAUGGCCAACUCAAUGGAUUCACUGGAGCUCUGCGCAACCAGUCCACAAGGACCACUACUUAUUCUUAUGAAUCCAGGAACAAUUUCAGCUCCAGUGCUGGAACCAGGAGUGCAGGGCCAAAGGAUACUGUUGUGUAUACAAGGACGUAUGUGGAGAAUAGCAAAUCACCAAAGGAUGGCUAUCAGGAGAUUAUCUCUGGGAAAUACAUACAGACUGUGUAUUCCACUUCAGAUAGGUCUGUCAUUGAAAGAGAUAUGUGCACUUACUGCCGUAAACCCUUGGGUAUAGAAACGAAAAUGAUUUUAGAUGAGUUACAAAUCUGCUGCCAUUCCACUUGCUUUAAGUGUGAAAUAUGCAAAAAGCCUUUGGAAAAUCUACAGGCAGGUGACAGUAUUUGGAUUUACAGACAGACAAUACAUUGUCAACCUUGCUACUCUAAAGUUAUGGCAAAGUGGAUUCAAUAAUUCUGUCAUGGAAAUCAAGAUGAGAAGCAUUCAUUAAGGAAUUAAUAAGUUUAAUUUUAAGAAUAUAUAAUCCAGAAAAGCUUUUACACUGAAGAUUUAUAUAAAAUUAAUGAUUCUGCUAUUACAUAAAUAAUCUAAUUGCCUAUAAUAAGGUCAUAAACAUUCAAAACAAUCUGGCUAGAUUUAGUGAUAAAAAAUUUGUGUGGUUCCAGUUGCUAAUGUCAAAAGAAUGAGCUUCUCAUGGCAGUAAGUACUGUCAGCCCUAGCCAGGUGGAUCCCUGCUCCACACUUGGGUUGUGCAUCAGGCUUUCCAUUGUAGCCACCCUUCUCACGUUCUCACCUUUGUCUUCCUGAAAUGAAUUUACAGAUAUUGACAUACUGACAAAGAAAUGCCAAUUAAGAUUUCCAUAUAAAGUUUUGAACAAAGAUACUAACAUUAAAAAGUUGUAUGGACUUCAGAAGAAAAGUUAAAAUUUCCAGAUCUCUGAGCCAUAAUUUAUAACAAUAGGGACAUUGAACACAAUGAUUCCUACAGUCUCUUUUUGUUCCUCCAAUUUUCUGAUUCUAAAGAAAGUUUGAGUUUGCUUAUGUGUAUGCUAAGCAUUUUGAAAUAGAACAUAGAAACAAUUUAAUCUCAGUGUCAUCCUUCAGCUUAACACAGGCAUGGUUUUUAUAGCCUGCAUUUAAAAAGAUAAGUAAAUUUGUGGGUAAUAGGUAAAAUCAUAUGGCAUUAAUAAAUUGUUUACAUAUUAUAAUUCAUUAAAUUUUCUUUGCAUGUAUUUGAAGAUAUGGGUAUACAAAUAAUCUAUGAGAAAGAAUAGCUAUGCAUUAUAAAGACAUGUUCCUUAGCAUGUUACUUGUAUUCUUAAUACAUAGCACUUUGUAUUUAUGGAAAGUUUAUAAAAAUAAAAUGAUCUGUCAGCUAUCCAGUA